ACCCCAGCGACGUCCGUAGCGUAGGGCCGGGUGGACGCGGCGGCGGCGGCUGGCGUUGCGACUGACUGCGCCGGUGGGCUCUGAAACGCUUUUCGGCGGCCACACUCGCCGCUCUGGUCGAUUGUUGUGCAGCCGGCGCCAUGUCUGUGAGCGAGAUCUUCGUGGAGCUGCAGGGUUUUUUGGCUGCCGAGCAGGACAUCCGAGAGGAAAUCCGAAAAGUUGUACAGAGUUUAGAACAAACAGCUCGAGAGAUUUUAACUUUACUGCAAGGGGUCCAUCAGGGUGCUGGUUUUCAGGACAUUCCAAAGAGGUGUUUGAAAGCUCGAGAACAUUUUGGUACAGUGAAAACACAUCUAACAUCGUUGAAGACCAAGUUCCCUGCUGAACAGUAUUACAGAUUUCAUGAGCACUGGAGGUUUGUGUUGCAGCGUUUGGUCUUCUUGGCAGCAUUUGUUGUGUACUUGGAAUCAGAAACACUAGUGACUCGAGAAGCGGUUACAGAAAUUCUUGGCAUUGAGCCAGAUCGGGAGAAAGGCUUUCAUCUGGAUGUGGAAGAUUAUCUCUCAGGAGUUCUUAUUCUUGCCAGUGAAUUGUCGAGGCUGUCCGUCAACAGCGUGACCGCCGGAGACUACUCCCGGCCGCUCCACAUCUCCACCUUCAUCAACGAGCUGGAUUCGGGCUUCCGCCUUCUCAACCUGAAAAACGACUCCCUGAGGAAGCGCUACGACGGCUUGAAGUAUGACGUGAAGAAGGUGGAGGAGGUGGUCUACGAUCUCUCCAUCCGGGGCUUCAACAAGGAGACGGCCGCGGCGUGUGCCGAGAAGUGAAGCCGGAGGCUCCGCUGGCGCCGGGCCCUGCUGACCUCAGCGGUCGCCGGUGGGGGUGGACCCCGUGCCUCUCGGGUAGUUAGCCUUGCCCCGUUGCUAAACACCGCGCUUUAUUUUCUUAACCGGUUGGUUGUGUGGUGGAAAUAUCCAAAUGGAAAUGCUUUUUUCUGGGGGUGAAAAAAUAGCCUUUUCAAGGACAGACUUUCUUUGUCGUUUCAGUGAAUUUGCUCUGUAAUUCAGUGUAUUUCAGUUCUGUCGGAAAGUGUAAAUGUCAGUCUCUUGGUAAAGUCCUUUUCUUGCUCACCCUGAUGCUGUUGAUGUACUGAUUGAGAAGUUUAUGGUCUUGUGUUCCUUCCAGAAGUGAUCCUUGGUGUUUUCUAUAUCCAAAUUAGCCAUCCAUACCCAGGUGUGUGUAGCCUGGAUACAGGAUAAAAAUGAGUAAUUAAAAAGGAUGGUUGCCAAGCAAAGGACAACUUAUUUUAUAUUUUCUUUCCUUAUUUUAAGCCUCGUGAGUAAAUCAUAUGUUGACAUUUUUUUUGCAAGGGAGUUACAGCCCCACGGUCUCUCUCACUGCCAUCAAAAUAUAAAAGAGAAAAUUGCAAAGUCAAGCUCAGAUUAUCUUGGGACGUUUUUGUAUUAAGGGAUUGAGUCACAUCUUAUCAUUUGGCUCUCUUUGCCAGGUGGGGAGUAGGGCUUAGUGUCUUACAACACCUCUGUUUUCUGAUGUUGCCUUAACAUUCUGCUCUUGCAGCAAUUUAAAGAUCGUUUUCACACACAUCUUGAACUAACACUUCAUAUAAUAUAUUUUUAAGCUAUGAAACCUUUUUCCUAGCAGCCAGCUAGACCGUCUGGUCUGAGACUACAAAGCCACCCAGUCAAGUUAAUUAGCAGUACCCUGACUGGUAUGUUCUGAGAGAAAAAUGCUGUGCUUUGUCUGGAAAAAAGAGAAAACCUUGGAUUUAAAAAGGAAGAUCAGCUGAUUUGGUAAUGUUUUUUAGAGUAAGCAAUUUCAGGUUUUGGCAGCUAUCCCAAUGGUCAGGUUUUAGAUUUACAGUUUUGGGCAAGUCCUGUAAACCUUGUUGGCACCCUCCUCCCCCUCCUGGUUUUCAGGUAGUGCUAAGAAUACUCGCCAUGUAAUUUUUGCUGUUGAAUUGAAACGGUUUAAAAUGGUGACGUCAUCCACGGUUUUCUGGAGCUCACUGAAAGGAAGGUGCUAGUGUUUCCAGAAUAACAGAAAGCAUUUAGAAGUGUCAUCCUCUCCUGCCUGCUACCAGUUUAGGCGUUCCGUUUGUGCAGUGGAAUAUUUGGCAUUGCUAUCAGAGCCGUUCUCAGGCCAAGUUAAGGACUGACCAGAUUUUCCAUCAUGAGGAGGACAAGUAGAAAUGAAGCAUCAAUCGCUAUGCAUUUUUGGGUUUUAAACAACUUUCUUGACAGCUCUUUCUGCGGAAGAGUGUGUAGAACGAAGAAAGGCGUUUGGGUCUUUGAAGUGCCUAGGGUGGUCAUCUAAGAUAUGCAGUAAUAGCACUGCCCAGAUUGAGCACAAAAGGCUUCAAAUUACAUGAUCAAAUACAUGCAGUAAGUUCAGUAGUAGUUUUCUUCUACGUGGAGAAUGGACUCUGAAUGUGUGUUGAGGCUGAAGAAGACCAGGGGUGACAAGCACAUCCUGCUGUGUAACAGUUAAAAUUAUUGAACGACACCAGCCGCUCAGAGUUAAAUUGAAAGUAUUUUAAUUGACGGUAUUGAAAAGCCUCGGCUCUGGUUUUAGUGCACCAGAAUUGUUCUUUUCGACUCUAGAAGAUUGAGCGGGUUAGAAAAAGUAGAGAUGAAUUAGUGGAUGUUUUCUUUAUAAAUUUAUUUAUAAGAAGAGAACCCUUAAAUACUUCAUAAGAUUUGCCCUGUCUUAAACUUGAAUAAUACUGGUAAUGCCUAAGAGAAUUUAAUAAAGAACGAAAGCUUCUUUGGCAGUGUUUUGGAUCCUUUACUUAAGUGGCUGCAGUCGAGGUACAGAUGCAGAAAGCCACUGGCAAAGUUCGUGGCAUGCACUCAGAAAUCAUGGCUUUCUUGUUUCGUGGUCUGGACCGGACUGUACUCUUCAGGCAGAGCAUCAUUGUCUGCCUGACGCCAAAAUAAGGUAUUCCCUGAACCUGAAGUCAUUUGUUUUCUUAGUAGUCACUGUAAUGAACAGUAAACAAGUAAAAAAAAAAAAAAAAAAAAAAUCACCCCUCCGCUCCAAACAACAAUAAGAAACAUCUACAGAGGGUUAAAUGGAUUGACUGGACUGAUGGUUUGAGUGAGCCGAGGGUGAGAGAGGGGAGAGGAGGGAAUCUGACUUCAUGGUCCGGUUUCUAGUCUGGGAGACUAAGUCGAUUUAGGUGCUGUUAGCUGAGGUUGGGGUGGGGGUGGGGGGCUGACAUGGGAAGACUUCUGAAUGUGUUGGGUUCAUGAUGCUAGUUGAGCCUGAGGGGGAGAUGGCCAAGCAGGACUUUGGGCGUGAGGAAAGCUCGGAGCCAGCCUGCGAUAGUUUGGGGCAGCAUUAGUGUGUACGUGGAAGGUAGGUCAGGAGAGUGGGUAUGACCCCCUAGGAGAGCGUGUAGAAUGAGAAGAGUAAGGGGCUAAGGACAAAACCCUGGUUGAUGGGGUUUAGUGAGUUAGGCAGAGGGAGAGACCAUGAGGAAACGGAGAAGGGGUUAGAGAGACAAAGAACAGUGAGAGUGGCUUGUCACAGAAGCCAGGGGAAUAAAGAGGCUCUAGAAGGCUUUUUUCGGGGGAGGGGGAUUUAAGAGAUUUAAAAUACAGACUUUCAGGGGCGCCUGGGUGGCUGUCGGUGAAGCGUCUGACUCUUGAUUUUGGCUCAGGGCAUGAUCUCACGGUUUGUGAGUUCAAGCCCCAAGUUGGGCUCUGCCCUGGCAGUAAGGAGCCUGCUUGGGAUUCUGUCUCUCCCUCCCUCUGCCCCACCCUCGUGCGAGCGUUCUCCCUCUCUCUCUCUUUCAAAAUAAAUAAACUUUCUCCACAGCCUGAGAGCCCUGUGACACUGUCGGGUGAGGCUUGGUUAUGCUGUGCUAAUAAACCCCAAAACUCAACAGGCAUAGUACAGAGUUUAUUUUUCACUGACCCUGUGUGUCCGUUGCAGGUUUGCUGGGGCACGUGCUCCACGUUGUCCUCAUCUAGCUGACAGGAGCCAUCAACUGGCCCAUUGCCCGUUGCCGUGGGAGAGGGAGACAGUUGUGGAGGGUCUUCUACAAACACAUGUUCUGGUUUCAAAGUGACCUGCCACUUCCUCUCACAGUUCACUGGUUAGGACUGGAUAUGCCUUCCUGCUAAACAGAGUGCAAGGGGGCCUGGCAGGAUGGGAGUCUGCAGAUGGAAGGUCAAACCAAAUGUUGAAAGUCUUCAGCAAUAGGUACUUCCUUCGGUUGGAUGAAUAGUAGUACUUCUGGUCACACGUGAACUUCACUGGGCUUGGGAGGGGCCGCUCUUACCUGUCAGAUGACGAGAAGAGGGUGGGCCCAUCAGUAGUCCCCUCUGCUGUUGAAGGUGGUUUCCUGUUUGAAAGAGAUUUCUCUGGUGUGUGCGUUUGUGUCGGUUUGUGUAUGGGUGUUUUAGGCCAGCGUUCAGUGAGUUUUUGCAUGUUGCACGCACUGGGUUAAACAUUUUAUCCAGAUCAUCUGAUUUCCUGCCCAUAUAACCCUGUGAGGUGCCUACCACCAUUUCCCCCGUUUUAGACUGGGAGCAGGCUUAGAGAGGGCAGUCCGCUUGCCCUGAGUUCACAGUGAUGAAACGGAAAGGCUGUGAUUCGGACCCACUUAACUCUGCCCCUGCAUCCACAUAUGCCGCUUCUUCCCUGAUGCUUUUGAUGGCCUCUGUAGCCUGACCAGGAAAAUCCCAAAUCCACCAAGAGUUACGAACACCGUGUAUGCGUAGCUUUGGGUUGGGUGCAGUCUCUGUUAGAACUUAGCGUAAAAAACGAGUGGGAAGCUAGGUCUGUGCCCUCCAGAAGUUUAGGGUCUAGUUACAGGGGAGAGGGUGGUGAGAAAGAUAUAAACAGGUAAGAGAUGAAACAUUCAACUAAUAUUUGAGCACCUCCUGUAAUGUUUUGGAAUUCUUAACAGCUUUAUGGAAGUACGUUUUACAAAUAAAAUGACUCAAAUCAAGGGAUUUAUAAAGUAGUGCAACAAUCCUCAUGUAUUAUCUUCCAGAAAGAUCCCAGCCCCAGGCCACCACUAAUCUACUUUGUUUCCAUAAAUUUGCCUUUUCAGGAUAUUUUCUAUAUACGGAAUCAUGAAGUCUGUGGUCUUUUGUGUCUCAUUGCUUAGCGUAAUGUUUUAUAAGGUUCGUCCAUGUCCCAGCACAGCAUGUGUUGGUAGUUUGUUCCUUUGUAUUCCUGAGUGGCAUACCUUUGUGGGUAUUCCACAUGUUAUCCAUUCAUUAGAUGAGGAAGAUUUAAGUUUCUACUUUUUGGCUGUUCUAACUAAUGUUGCUAUGAACAUCCUUGUGCAAGUCUGUGUCUGAAUGGGUAUUGCCAUUUCUUUUGCAUAGAUACCCAGGAGUCUGUUGUAAAAAUGGUGAUUUUAUGUUUAGCUUUUGAAGAAACUUGACCUGUUUUCCUUUCAGCAACCUAUGAGUUAACAGUCAAGACAGUCCUAGACAGGACGUUAUAACAACUUUAUUGCUAAAUAAGUCGUGAAUGAUUGCUGUAGGAGUUGGGGAUGUGUUAUAUGGAAUGGUUCAUGAAAGAGGUAGGAUUUAGAGAAGCAUGGAACUAGGAGACGGUCAUUUUUCGUCAGAAUUGAAACCAAAACAGAAUGGUACAGGCAUGCCAUGGAAAUAUGGUGGAUUCAGUUCCAGAUCACAGCAGUAAAGUGAAUAUCGCAAUGAAACAGGUCAAGUGAGUUUUUUCCCAGUGCAGAUAAAAGUUACGUUUAUGCUGUACCAUAGUGUAUGAGGUGUGCGAUAACAUUAUGUCUAAAAAAAUACCGUCGUUAAACAAUACUUUAUUGCUAAAAAUGCUAUGUGUGCUUUCAGCGAGUUGUGAUCAUUCAUCACAGAUCACCAUAACACAUAUAAUAAUGGAAAAGUUUGGAAUAUUGUGAGAAUUACCAAAACGUGACAGAUGUGAAGUGAGCAAAUGCCACUGGAAAAAUGGGGCCGACGGAUUUGCUCGACACAGGG